AUGGUCAGAAUAUCGAUCCCUACUCUCCCUCCAACUCCUCUCCUCCCACCUACAAAACUCUCCCUCCUCCCUCUCAACCUAGCUUCUCAACAUCUGUCGAAGUUUAUCCAAGAUGGGAAAGGUAAAACAGGAUUAAUCACCGGUGCUGGAGUAAGUGUAGAUUCAGGUAUAAGAGCUUAUAGAGGUAAAGAAGGACAUUAUACUAAUCCUAAUUAUACUCCGAUAUUGUAUCAUGAAUUAGUAGAGAAUAGUCCACGAGGAGAAAUAUUCCGCUCACAUAUAGAUUGGGCUCGUUCUUUUCUCGGUUAUCCACCAGUCAGAGAUGCACUACCAAAUCCAACUCAUAUAUAUAUCGCCGCAUUACAGGUUUUGGGUUUAGCUCCUAAGCAUAUUACACAAAAUGUGGACAACCUUCAUCCCAAAGCCAUCUCCAUAAUCCAAUCUUUAUUUCCCUCAACCUUCCCUGCUCCACCCAGACCAACGCUGCUCGAACUUCAUGGAACAUUAGCAAAAGUUCAUUGUCUGGAACAUCGACAUGAGCAAUCUAGAGAUGAUUAUCAGCAAGAACUGGCGGAUAUGAAUCCGGUUUGGAACGAGGAGGCGAAAGAAGCUGAACGGACUGGUCGUCGUCCACGGACCAACCCCGAUGGUGAUGUCGACCUCCGUGGAGUGGACUAUACUUCUUUCCGAGUUCCCGGCUGCCGGAUAUGUAGGGAAAGAGGAGGGAAGGAAGGUAUCGUCAAGCCCAAUGUUGUCUUUUUUGGUGAGACUUUGACGCCUCAAGUAAGGGAUCAAUCCCUCACAAUCGCAUUGGAAGCUUCUCGCCUUUUGGUACUCGGUACCUCACUCGCCACUUACUCCGCCUUCCGGUUGGUCAAACAAGCCUCAGAGAGUGACGGGUUAAAAGGUGUGGAGAAGAUGGACAGGAGGGCUGGAGAGGUGUUGAGGACGUAUUUGGAUGAUGUUCUAACAAACCAAACGACUCCAGAAUAUCAAGCUGUGAAGAAAUCAUUAGAUAAAGGCAUUAUAAAACUCCCACCGGAUGUCGAAGGACCAAGAGCGGAAGGUUAA